GUGAGCCUCAACCCUUGGGCAGUGGGGGUCGUAAAGCAUGCAAGGGUUGUGGCUGCGCCUUGGGAUCCGGGGGACUCCCGGCUGCGGAUUACACACGGCCCCCGUGUCGUCCCUUCCCCACUGGCUUGCAGAGAGAUUGGGCCUCUUCGAGGAACUGUGGGCCACGCAGGCCGAGCGCACAGCGGAGAGGGCGCGGAGGGAACGGCGCCCAAUCCGAGUCCUUGCUCCCGGCAACCGGAGAGUGGACGCUGAAGCUUGGAGCACAACACCCUACCAGGUAGCCCUGCAGAUCAGUUCCACCUUAGCAGAUACUGCAGUAGCUGCUCGAGUAAAUGGAGUCAUCUAUGAUAUGGAUCGGCCCUUGGAAGGGGAUGCUGACAUUGACUUUCUGACUUUUGAUUCCCCUGAAGGAAAGGCGCUGUUCUGGCAUUCUAGUGCCCAUGUUCUGGGGGCAGCUGCUGAACAUCUUCUAAGUGCCCUCCUCUGCCGUGGCCCCAGCACCUCUUGUGGAUUUUAUCAUGACAUAUCUCUUGGAGGAAAUCGGACAGUGCGAGGCUCAGAGCUGCCUAUCCUAGAACAGACAUGUCAGAGGAUUGUAGCUGCUGCUCACCCUUUCCGGCGACUCGUGGCCUCUCGAGAGCAGCUUUGUCAGCUGUUUAAGGAUAACCCUUUUAAGCUACAGCUGAUUGAAGACAAAGUAAAGGAGCAGAUGGCUACAGUAUAUGGAUGUGGCACGUCAGUUGACCUUUGCAAGGGCCCCCACCUCCGCCAUACGGGACAGAUUGGUGUGCUGAAGCUUCUGACAAACUCAUCCUCAUCAUGGGUAGGGCCUUCAGGGGCUCAGGAGCCAUUGCAGAGAGUGUAUGGUAUUUCCUUCCCCACUUCUGAGGGACUGAGAGCCUGGGAGAAGCAAAGGGAAGAGGCAGCAGCAAAAGAUCACAGACGCAUUGGGAAAGACCAGGAGCUUUUUUUCUUCCAUGAGCUGAGCCCUGGAAGCUGCUUUUUCCUGCCACGGGGGACAAGAGUAUAUAACGCACUGAUGACUUUCAUCAGGGAUGAGUACGCCCGUCGAGGGUUCUCAGAAGUGAGGACUCCAACACUCUUCUCCACAAAGCUAUGGGAGCAGUCAGGACACUGGAAGCAUUAUAGUGGAGACAUGUUUGUCCUUCGGCCUCCCGACCCUGAUGGACCCACAGAUUGUCAAAAUGACUGUUCCACUAACCACCCUCAAAGCAUGCUGGCCCUUAAGCCCAUGAACUGCCCUGCACAUUGCCUGAUAUUCGCACACCGACCCCGAUCCUGGCGGGAGCUGCCUCUGCGGCUGGCAGAUUUUGGGGCCCUGCACCGAACCGAAGCCUCAGGGGGUCUAGGGGGCCUGACUCGGCUCCGAAGGUUCCAGCAGGAUGAUGCUCAUAUCUUUUGUGCUCAAGAUCAGCUAGAAUCUGAGAUCCAAGGAUGCCUUGAUUUCCUUCGCUCUGUCUACACAGUCCUUGGCUUCUCCUUUCAUUUGGUACUGUCUACCAGGCCGUCUUCCUUCCUAGGGGAGUCUUUCCUUUGGGACCAGGCUGAACAGAUCCUUCAACAAGCCCUAGAUGAGUUUGGGGAGCCCUGGGAUCUGAAUGCUGGAGAUGGUGCCUUUUAUGGACCCAAGAUUGAUGUUCAUAUCCAGGAUGCUCUGGGAAGGCCCCAUCAGUGUGGGACAAUCCAGCUUGACUUCCAGCUGCCUUUGAGAUUCGGCCUCCAGUAUAUGGGGCAAGCAGGGGUCCUGGAGCGCCCAGUCCUCAUUCACCGAGCAGUGCUAGGCUCAGUGGAAAGAAUGUUAGGGGUGCUGGCUGAGAACUAUGGAGGCAAAUGGCCACUGUGGCUCUCUCCACUCCAGGCUAUGGUCAUCCCUGUGGGAGCUGAGCAAGAGGGUUAUGCCCGAGAGGUGCAAAGAGCCCUGCAGGCCGCAGGACUGGUCGGCGACUUGGAUAAGGACCCGAGCCUGACCCUCAGCCGGAGAGUCCGACGGGCCCAGCUUUCUCAGUAUAAUUUCCAGUUUGUGGUGGGGCCCAGAGAGCAGAGUCGGGGGACGGUAAACAUUCGAACAAGAGACAGCGGCCAGCUGGGAGAGCGGGCUGUCGCCGAGGCAGUAGGUCGGCUUCGAGAGUUGCAGUACGCCAGGGUCCUCAAUGCCGAAGAGAUAUUUUGAGCCAAUUCAUGAAAGCCAGCAGAAGCAUUUGGGGCCUGAGCCACCAGCCUCCCUCAGGAAUGGUGGGGGGAAGAGAAUGGAACACGAUGGCCCUCCUGGAGGGGGUCACAUUUGGGGGGUUUCCCUGGAACUCUGCUCGAGCUGGAGGGAAGGGGCACAUAGGGCAUCCGUCUGUCCCCCGGGCGGCACAUUCCCAGGGGAGCAACAUGUGGUCUGGGGGGAAAAGAGAAUGAUGAUGAGAAUAAACUUGGACCUUCAGCUGUU